AUGACUUUAAUAUUCCAUUCAGGUCUCUCAAAAGAUCUUUCGUCAAUAUUAAAUGAUGCUGAUGAUUAUAACGUUAUUAUUCAAGUUGGUGAAAACCGAAAUACGAAAGAAUUUCGUGCUCAUUCAGUGAUUUUACGUGCUCGUUCUCCUUAUUUUAAAAGCGCCUUUUCUGCAGAUUGGAUUACAAAGAAAAAUGACAUGAUUAUAUUUAAUAAACCAAAUAUCACUCCGACAGUUUUUGACAUAAUUUUAAAAUAUAUUUAUACUGGUGAACUUGAUUUGACUAAACAAUCGGCUGAAAUUAUUCUUAGCUUAUUAAUUUCAUGUGAUGAAUUACUUAUCGAUGAAUUGUUCGACUACAUCCAAGAUUAUUUAAUCGAAAAACAUACUAUUUGGGUUCAAAUGAAUUUUGUUUUUGUUCUCCAUACUGUAUUUAAACUUCCUAGUUGCAAGAAAUUGCAAGAUUAUUGUCUUGAAUCUAUCUGUGAAGAUCCAGAACCAUUUAUCUUUUCAACGACAUUUCCUUCGUUAGAUAGGGAUAUCCUUUUUGGUUUACUUAAACGGAAUGACUUGCAAAUUGAAGAAAUUGCUAUUUGGGAUUGUUUAAUUAAAUGGGGUAUUGAACAAACACCUGGUUUGAAAAGUAAGAAUAAUGAUAGAACUAACUGGAAUAAUGAAGAUUAUGAUUCAUUAAAAGAAACUUUAAAUCAAUUUAUUCCUCUCAUACGCUUUGUUGAAAUUUCUUCUAAAGAUUUCUAUUAUAAAGUUCGACCUUACAAAGCUGUUUUUCCUCAUCAUAUUUAUGAAGAAAUUGCUGAAUUUUAUUAUACAAAUACUCUACCAAGCAAUACAAUAUUACCACCUCGUAUAAGAAAAUUAGAAUUAUUAACGUCAACGAUCAUCAAACCAAAACUUGCGAAUAUUAUUUCUAAUUGGAUUGAUAGAAAUGAUUUUGCAACUAUUAUUGAUAAUAAUAGAUAUAGGUACAAUCUAAUUUACUUGAUGAGUCGUGAUGGAUUUAAUAGCGAAACAUUUUAUAAUAGAUGUAAUGGACAAGGACCAUUUGUAAUAUUGAUAAGAGUUCAAUCAAAGAAAAUUUAUGGUGGUUAUAAUCCAAUUGGAUAUGCGGGAAGAGAUCGGUGGUUAUCUUCAGCAGAAUGUUUUGUCUUUUCUUUUGAAAAUGAUCAAGAUAUAUUUAAUAUGAAAAUUGGCAGGGUAACUAAUUCGACCUAUUCUGUAUAUGAUUAUUGCAAUUAUGAUAGUUUCUUUAAUUUUGGAGGUAUUUUAUUUAUCGAUGAACAAAAACUUUAUAUUGGGUAUAAUAAUAGUCAUUAUGUAAAUAUUUUCGGUGGAAGUCAAUCACCUACUAUUGAAGAAAUUGAAGUAUUCAGUGUAAUCCAAAACUAG